AUGAAAGAAUCUAUCUAUCAUCUAUCUAUCUAUCUAUCUAUCUAUCUAUCUAUCUCAAUAUAUUCACAUGUAUCUAUCUAUCUAUCUAUGUAUCUAUCUAUCUAUCUCAAUCUGUUCACAUCUAUCUAUCUAUCUAUCUAUCUAUCUAUCUAUCUAUCUAUCUCAAUAUGUUCACAUCUAUCUAUCUAUCUAUCUCAAUAUGUUCACGUCUAUUUAUCUAUCUAUCUAUCUCAGCCUGUUCAUAUCUAUCUAUCUAUCUAUCUAUCUAUCUAUCUAUCUAUCUAUCUAUCUAUCUAUCUCAGCCUGUUCGUAUCUAUCUAUCUAUCUAUCUAUCUAUCUAUCUAUCUAUCUAUUGAAUUAUCUCGUAAUUUAAUCCUAUUUCAUCGUCUGUCAUACUCUUUCUGUAUCUCCAUAGAAUUAUCUCGUAAUCAUCUGUGUUACUGUCUCUCACCAUCUCUUUUUAUAUUUCGAAUUAUCUGA